CUUUUACAAGCUUCACGUUCCUGCCUUGUACACAGCGAGCGCACGCCAGGCGCGAGGCUCCCCGCUCCUCCCCUCUCCCGCUGAGGCGUUCUCCUGGGCUCCCGUCCAGAGAAUGACUGACUCCAGAGGACUCAAGUGGAGUAGACGCACUACAACGCUUCCUGCCUGCUGGGAAAGACUAAUGUGAAGUGAUUUUAUUGAUCACGUGUGUGGGAUUCUUCUUUUUUUUUUUUUCCUACUGCUCGCUUUGGAGUGAGAAAGAACGCAGCCUACUCAACAUGCAGACAAACAGAAGGACCAACAUAUGGAGAGCAGUGGGUACUGCAGCGUGAAGGCAGCAACUGGACCGGUCUUCUCCCCGCUUACUAAGAGCAAGCGAGAAUAAUAGUCAGCGCUGUCCACCAAGCUUGUGGGUGGAUGCGGCUACUAGCGGACUGCUUUUAGGGAGCAAGGAGACUGGGAGGAAGUGGCGCGAGCAACGAUGAUGAUCCAUAAAUGGACAGUUACGCUCAAGAAUGCUCCUUUUGCAUAGUUUACGCCAAGAUUAUUAAUCGUCUAGCUCAGGGGAAAACGGUCUUUCCACUGAUGCUCGUGUUGGGCGUCCCUUGCAGGCUUUAUUUUUUUUUUUAAGAUGAAUGUGGAGCUUGUUCCUAAGAGGAUGGAGGACUGCUUGAGGACCAGCUUUUUGGCACUGAUGAUAUCGUAUUUGUUUUUGAGCACGGUUGAGACGGCAAACAGUGUUUAUCCCAGAAUACGCCUCUCACACAAAGAACUCUGGCAGCUGAACAGAACCUGGGUGUUCCGGGGCAGCGGAGUGCCUCUCCGGCCCCAGACCGUGCUGCUGGACGAGGGCCACGAGAGGCUUUACGUCGGGGCCAAGAAUGCUCUGUUCUCCCUCAGCCUGGACCAGGUCAACGCGCACCACCGAGAGAUCCAGUGGGCCAGUACUGAAACUCAAAUCGAAGAAUGCUUGAUGAAGGGACGGGAAAAGAUGGAGUGUGCAAACUACAUCAAGGUCUUGCAGCAGUACAACCAGACCCAUCUCUUGGUGUGCGGAACGGCAUCUUUUAACCCCAUCUGCGCGCUGGUCCAUGUGGGACACACGGCCAAGGACAAACUGUUCGCCCUGCAAGAGGAGAGCGUCGCGAGCGGCAGAGGACGGUGUCCGUUCAACCACAACAGUCCCUGCACCUCCACGCUCGCAGGUGGAGAGUUGUAUGUCGGCCUCUACACAGACUACUGGGAAAACGACGCUGCCUUAUGUCGACUCAACAACCGAACCUACACGCGCACUGAGAGGGAUGACAGGCAGCAGCUCAAUGAACCGAGAUUUGUCGGUUCAGCGGUUAUCCCUGACAACGACGACAGGGAUGAUGACAAAGUUUAUUUCUUCUUCACCGAGCGCGAGGCGGAUAUAGAGGGGGUCCACAAAGCCGUCUACACCCGCGUCGGACGAGUCUGUGCGAAUGACCAAGGAGGACAGAGGAUGCUGGUGAAUAGAUGGAGCUCCUUUCUGAAAACUCGGCUCAUUUGCUCCGUGGCCGGAACCGACGGCAUCGAUACUCACUUUGAUUUACUUGAGGAUGUGUAUGUGCUCAAGAAAAAGGACGAGAAAAACCCGGAAAUCUUCGGCCUCUUUAGCACAACAAGCGCGGUGUUUAAAGGCUACGCAGUGUGUGUCUAUCACAUGGACGAUAUCCGAGCCGCGUUUAACGGUCCCUUCGCCUUCCGGGAGAGACCUGAGCAUCACUGGACACCUUCUGAGGACCGCGUUCCCUACCCGCGACCUGGCUCUUGUGCCAGCAAAGUCAACGGCGGAGGAUUUUCCAGCUCCAAGGAGUUUCCUGACGAGGUUCUGCGCUUCGUGCGCUCACACCCGGUGAUGUAUCGUCCGGUCCUGCCGCAACAUCACAGGCCGGUCUUCCUGCAAACAGAGCCGAGCAGGAGGAAGUUGACCCAGAUUGCGGUGGACAGGGUCCAAGCCCAGGACGGACACUACCAUGUUCUCUACAUUGGGACGGAUGACGGGCUGGUCCUCAAAGUUAUCACGAUCGACAACAAAGAUGCCAACACAAUUGAGGAGGUGCUGCUGGAGGAGCUGCAAGUGUUUGAGGUUCCAGCACCAAUAAAAGAGAUUGUGAUAUCACCUAAACGGCAACAACUGUACGUGAGCUCAGACGCAGGCGUGGCCCAGGUCAAACUGCACCAAUGCGCCCUCUACGGCUCCGAAUGUGCCGACUGCUGCCUGGCUCGAGACCCCUACUGCGCUUGGGAUGGUCUCACCUGCUCCAGUUACUACCCACCGGGAGUCUACACCAAGAGCAGACGAUUCAGGCGACAGGAUAUUCGCCAUGGCAACGCCGUCCAGCUGUGCAACGGCCUCCAAAUCGACGGUGAGCAGUGGCACAAAUCCGAGGAGAAGACGGUGUUCGGCGUGGAGGGCAACGGCACGUUGCUCAGCUGCGUGCCUCGAUCGCUUCACGCCAAGGUGCUGUGGUUCCUGCAAAAUGGAGACGACAAACGAGAGGUUCACGAGGACGACCGUGUGAUCCGGACCUCGCACGGGCUUCUUCUUCUGAGCGUCACGAGGUCCGAUGCCGGCGUGUACGUGUGCCAGACGGUGGAACACGGCUACGUGCAUACGCUUCUGCGCGUCACUCUGCGCGUGCUCAGCGGGGAGUUGUUGGAGUCCUCCAUCGGGCCAAAGGACGGACCGGGAGACAGAAGCGGAGCCCCGUGUCGGUCCCCCGCCAAUCCCCCGGCGGGCCCCGGUUUCAGCUCCAGGACCCUGGUCCCGGCCUCCCUGCCGGGCCCCCAUUCUCGGCAGUGGUACAAGGAGUUCCUCCAGCUGCUUGACUACAGGGACGCCCAGAGGGUUGAGGAAUAUUGUGAGAGGGUGUGGUGGCCCGAUAAGAAGCGCAAGAAAAGCAAAAAGAAAUUUGCCUUCUCGAGCGGUGAGAAGAAAGCUAAAGCCAGGGCGGCGGACGGCGGCCACCGAGCCCCCAGGCACGCACUCGAUACCUGAGGACACACACACUCACGUUCGCUAGAGAGCAUAGUAGGAUUUUGUAACCUCCCCCCUUGCCUUCCAAAAGAAGAACUGUAAAUAAUACAGACAGUUAUUUUCUGUUCAUGGCCAUCAGUAAGGAACUGAUCCCACGAUGGUGGGUGCAUCCCUGACGCACCCUCGAAUGGUUGCCAAACAGUCACACGGCACGCAGACGAAUUCACACCCACAUGUGCGACGAUGAACAUUUUAGUCUUCACUGAACCAAACAUGCAUGUUUUUCCAAAUGUGGUAGGAAAGUGCACGACCCGACAUGGGACUUCUCACCUGUGAGGCACACGUGGGUGCCCAAAAAGGCUUUCAUCCUAACAAAACCGUAGCACAGUUCUGAACUUCCGUUUCAGCGCUAUGUCACACAAACGAGUAGCACCGUAGCGUGGCUGUAGCGCAAUUUAGCUUAGCAUAGCUUACGUGACAUCCAUUUUCUAUAGCGCUUGUCCUAAUUCGGGCUUGCCUGAGCUGACUUGUGGACGGGUGGCCGAGUGAAACCCGGAUUGGUCGCCAGCCAACCGCGGGGCACGGAUUCACCUUCCCAUUUUCACCAAUGAACAAUUUCAAAGUCUUCAGUGAACUCAGCGUGCAUGUGUGUUUUUUUUUUUUUUUUUUAGAAUGCAGGGAAGCAAAACAAAAAACUAAAUAAAAACAUAGUACCACGGAAUCAAACCCAGGACAUUUUGUCACCACGUUUGCGGCAAGGGACAGGUUUAGUUCCAAUGCUUGACUUUUGGUACUCUUCCUACUCAAUUCCGGUGGUAGCUGUUACAUUUCAGACAGUUCGAUGAGCCUGUUUUCAGACCGACUUGGAAAAAUAAUAAUAAUGAAAAAUAAAUGCAGCACUUGCCGUUUUUGUGCGCCGUCAAGCGAUGAUCUGUCACCGUCGGGGUGUCAGUCGGUCGUGCGAAAAACGAGGGGGCUCCCCCCUUCUCCGAGGCAAGAGGGCGCCGAGCAAUUAAGCGACAAGGACGUUGAUCCGCCGAGACAAGACAAACUGUAAAUACGAGCUACCGUGGACUGACCCCGCCGUACUCUGCCCGUCUCUUUGCAAAUGUACUAGUGCUGUAUACGCACUGCAUGUGGAGCUCACUGUAUCUUUACGACAGACAAAACAUUUAACAAAAAAAUAAAAAUCAGCUCUGGAAAAAAAAAUAAAAAUGAAAUAAGGGACCAAAAUAACACUGGAGAUUUUCUGGGAGGUAUUUUGACCAGUUUGCUUUUAUUUUUGGGGGCAAAAAAAUGCUCUUAAUAUUAUUUGUAAUUGGAAUUUCAUUGUCAAAGACUAAAAAAAGAAAAAAAAAUGCUCGUUUUACUCACACGUAUGCGGUGGAUAACAAAAGUCUACACACCGUGGUUCAAAUGCAGUGUUCUUGUGACCAAGAUAAAUAAUUUCCAAACUACAUAUGUGACUUAUAGCGUGGAUAAUUCAAAAGAAUAGGAACAGAAAAAUAUUUUUGACAAGGCCAAAGGGAAAAAAAUACAGGGUUAAUAUAGUUGCAUUAGUGUGCACACCCGUGACUACACUCUUUAAAUGUGUCUGGUUAUCUUUUCCUGAGUUACAACAGGGUGUGUAAACUUAUGCAACCUCAAUGGUUUGUUUUUACUUCUCCUCAUGAAGAUUUAUUUAUUUUUUUGUUAAUCACUUGAGAUGUUCAGGUUGUAGGUCACAAUAUUGGUGGGAAAAACUUUGAACUUCUGGUCUCUUUUGUAUAUAAAAUUUGAGCAGAGGUGUGUAGACUGAGAAUAAUAACAAUAAUAAUUUAACAGCGGUCUCACUUUUUUUUUUUUCCUGGAGUUGUAUAUGUGUUCUAAGUAAAGGCCUUGUAAUAUUGUUUGGAUUAAUAAUAUUAUGCCGGUGUAUGAUGAUAAUUUAUUCUCUUGGUUCUGGCUUAUGUAGUUUUUAGGGGUACAUAAACUGGAAAAAUACUGUUAUUUGUGUUUGUGUUUCAUUGACAAUGUACAGUAGGAUGAUACAAAACCACUAUGCUAAACACCAGAGGGUUUUUUUUUUAAAUUGUAAUCAUGAUAUCGAUGAAAAUAAAAGUCAGUUUGAGCA